UAUACUAAUUAAGUCCUUAACUAGAUACUUUUUCAAUAUGGCUCAAUCAAUGAGCUUCUUCAUGGUCAUUGUUCUCAUUGCUUUUGCGCCAAUUUGUUUGUCUACCAAGACUUAUGGUGGUUAUCUAUUCCCACAAUUUUAUGACCGUUCAUGUCCCCAAGCAAAAGAAAUAGUCAAGUCUAUUGUUGCCAAGGCCGUAGCCAAAGAGGCUCGAAUGGCUGCUUCUUUGCUGAGGCUGCAUUUCCAUGAUUGCUUUGUCAAGGGGUGUGAUGCAUCUCUGCUUCUUGACAGCAGUGGAAGCAUAGUUAGUGAGAAAAGAUCAAAUCCCAACAGGAAUUCGGCACGUGGAUUUGAAGUCAUUGAUGAAAUUAAGAAGGCACUUGAGAAGGAGUGCCCUCAAACUGUAUCAUGUGCAGACAUAUUGGCACUAGCUGCAAGGGAUUCAACAGUUUUAGCUGGUGGACCAAACUGGGAGGUACCAUUAGGAAGAAGAGACUCCAGGGGUGCCAGUUUAAGUGGCUCCAACUAUAAUAUCCCUGCUCCAAACAACACAUUUAAUACCAUUCUUACUAAAUUCAAGUUGAAGGGGCUUGAUAUUGUUGAUCUUGUAGCUUUAUCUGGGAGCCACACAAUUGGAAAUGCAAGAUGCACUAGCUUCAGGCAGAGACUUUACAAUCAGUCAGGAAAUAGUUUACCAGACUCUACACUGGAACAGUCAUAUGCUGCCCAAUUGCGCGCUAAGUGUCCAAGAUCUGGUGGUGACCAAACCUUAUUUUUCUUGGACUUUGUCUCCCCAACAAAAUUUGACAACAGCUACUUCAAGAACUUGUUGGCUUCAAAGGGACUUUUGAACUCAGACCAAGUUCUUGUUACUAAGAAUCAAGAAUCACUAACAUUGGUGAAACAAUAUGCAGAGAACAAUGAGCUUUUCUUCGAGCAUUUCACGAAAUCUAUGGUUAAGAUGGGAAAUAUUUCACCUUUGACGGGUUCCAGGGGAGAAAUCAGGAAGAAUUGCAGGAAGAUCAACAAGCAGCAUGAAAAAAAGGAAUAAUUGUGGCUCUAUAUAUUGUUAUGUAUUUGUUUUUUUCUUUCAACAUUCUUGAAUUUUACUUUCUCAUGAAAUAUUCUCUGUCUUAAUUUAUAUGGUGAACUUUCCUUUUUAAUCUAUCUAAAAAGUUCGCUUUUCUAAUGUUAACGUC